GCGGUUAAACAGUUGUGUUGUGUAGUCAUUGGCUAUCAUUGUCUUCAAUAUUAUUAUUAUUAUUAUUACUAUUAGUAUUUGAAUUACUAUUCAAUAAUUCAAUCAAUCAAUUGAUCCAAUUGUUUGAAUAAUUAUUUUUUAUUAUAAUUAAUAAAAUGUCCAGUGAUUGUGUGGACAAUAUGAUGAGCGCCGCCGCCAUCGAUGGCGGUAAUGAUGGUAACAAAUGGGACUUUUUGUGUCCACAGUAUUGCGAUCUAACGGCCACUGAGUCGACGGAUCAGUUGACAAGCAUUGACCAGUUUUUUCAUAUACGACAUGAUAACGAUGAUAAUGAUGGUGUAAGUGAUGAUCCAUUAAUGGUUAACAACAACAAUAGACAACAAGUCGAUGACCUGAAGAUCAAUGAUAAUUACUCGACUCCACCGCAAAACAAGGAGAAUAUGGACGAAGAAGAAGAAGACAAUGAGAUAUUCUAUUCGACCAAAAAGUACUUCUCCGGCGGCGGCGGUAACCRUAAGAAGUUAUCMUAUAAGUUACGAUCGACACCAAUGCGAUUGCUUCAGUACAAUGGAAAUACACCGCUGAAAGAGACAAGGAUUAGCUUGAGUUCAAAGAAGAAGAAUAAGAAACAGAUAGUGAAUAAUAGUGUCAAAGUUGUCGUUGAAGAAGAACUACACAAGACUGCUGAUGAUGGCGACGAAGAGUGUGUGACUGUGUUUAAAAUGAAUCAAUUGGUUGAAUCGCUUCCCAAUACUCCCAAAGCUGUUAACAACAUUGAUUUGGUCAAUGCUGGUGAUGAUAAUGAUGAUGAAGAAGAACAUGUGGUAAAUAUUGAUCUCAAUGAUCAAACCUAUUAUGAAGAAAAGGUAGGUUUAAAUGAGGAAAACAACGAUGACAUCAAUGAUGACCGCCAGACCAACGAUGAACAAGUAGUGCUAAUCAAUGCCCAAAAUGAUGAUAAUGACGACAACGUGUUUGUCAAUGGAAACAGUGCGCCAAUUGAUGAACAAUCGGCAGCCAAUCUGACAAUCACUGGACGCGAAUCGUAUACAAUCUCGAAAAUACCGGAAUCAUUGGUAAAGCCGAAGUCCGCAAUGAAAAAGUCUGUUACAUUGAUCAGUCCGGAAGAAAGUGCCAAGAAUUGGUCGACACGGAGAAGAUCAUCGGUGGUUAAACAAAGAAAAGCUACACCAUUGAAGAUAUCGUCGACUAAAAAGUCAACGACACCGGUAUUGUCGAAGACUUCUAUGAGCGGUUCCCGUCGAAAGGCUAGUAUUUCAUCGGUAUUUUCGCGACUCUAUUCGACCGGCAAGAAACGUGAAGACAACUAUCGAACAGUUGCCGAACAAUUGCGCGAUUUCGAGACCAAAAUGCGAAGCUGUGACCGUCCGUCGCGUCCUACCGAACACCGCAACACAGGCGGUUGUGGAUCUCGUUCGUCAUCGUUAACAUCGCUAACGAUGCCAAAGUCGCCGAAAUUCAGUACCGUUAGCCGUCAUCGACAACCUGCCCGACCAACCGAAGACAUAAUUGCGUCGCAAAUCAAGAAAUACACGUUCAAAGCCAAUCCGAUUCGCAAGAAGUUAUUUGAUUCACGUUUUGCUUCGGGUAUUCCCAGAGUUCGGUCGACAAAAGAGCCGACUAAAGCUGUGGAUUUGCAUUUUUCGACCGUCCGCCGUAACGAAGUUCGGGCCGCCAAAGCCAAUGAUUUGGAACGGGCGGCAAAAGCCGUUGAAAAUAUCAAACCGUUUGCAUUCAAAGCUAAUCCGAUGCCCGACUUUACUAAGAAAAGCGCUCCGAUUGCUGUACCGAAAACCGCUGGCGAAAAGAAAAAGACGACAACAUUCAAGCCGUUCAGCUUUGAUGAUCGCAUCCAGGCUUUAGUCCAGAAGAAGCGUACCAUUUCUGUUGAACAAUGAAUUGAUUCAAUGAUUGAUUGAUUGAUUGAUUGAAUGAUAUGAUUGAACAGUACUUAUCGUAUGUCUAUCUCGUAAUGAAUAAUAUCAAAAUUGAUUACUUAAUUAUAUAAAAUAGUAUUAUAAUAAUAAUA